AUGCAGGUUGAUGUAGAGGGGAAAAAAUAUGGUCCUGAAGGGAAUUUAUUAGAGGGUUCAGGGCUUAAAAAUAUUGAUGAUUCUGUGGUUUUAAUGAAUCCAGGAUUUUUAAUGGUGGAACCUUCAUGUAUUGUAGAAGAGGAGAAUACUGAAUAUACAGAUAUAGACAAAUCUGCUUAUGUAAAUAUUAUAAAGGACAAGAAAAAAGAGGAACUAGGUUACACAUUUUCAAGUGAAGCAGAAGAGAAGUCACCAUGUAAUGUCUCAAGAACAGGUGACACUGUUAAAGAAAUUCCAUUAGUUCAUGAAGAAGGAUGGACUGAAAUUAAGAUACUGAAUGUUGAAGAAAAAGAUCAGGUCAAUUUAGAGAGAAGGGUAAGUGUGGAUGUUGCUCAAGUUGUUCAGACUACAGAAGUUAGUGAAGAACAGGAGGUUACAAUAUCAAUUCCAGAUAUUCAUUCAGAAGAUUUAAGGGAUGAUAGUUCUGUUCAGUCAGAAGAAGAAGCAAGCAAAGUUUCUAAUAUAAGAGAAGAAAACCCAGAAUGUAUUACUAAACAGAUUUCAGAGGAAGGGAAUUUUAUUGUUCUCCAGCAUCAUGUUGAAAGUAGAAAAUUACCAGCAGACAGUCUAGCUGAGGCUGAAGUGCCACAAGAUGUGAGCCAGUAUGCUGGUGUAGAACCAAAAGCUGAUGACAACAUCAGUGACGUCAUUGGUGAAGAAGAGAAGAGUAUUUCAUGUAAUCAGGGUAGAAUUACCAGUAGUAUAUCAGAUGAUGCAGAAAAAGUUAGUCCAGGAAUGACAAACAGAGAUAAUGAAAAGGAAGUACAUUCUUAUAGCCAUUAUGAGUUGAAAGAUAUUGGUUUUGUUGUGAUAGAAGAGCAUUCUGACCCAAGAUUUACCAAUUUAGAAAACAAGGAGCAUAAAGAACUCAAAGAAAAAGAAAGCUCUAGCUCAUGUAACACUUCAAAUUCAAACAGCUCCAGCCCAUACUAUGAUGCCUCAGGAGAAAUGGUAGAAUCUCUUGGUUCAGAUGAAGUCUCAUCCUCUAUGGAAGUGUUGCAUUCAUCAGCAGAAAUUCUAGAUGCUUCACAAGCUCAUUGGUCCUCAAUGACUGAUCAGUCAAUGCCAUCACUUGAUGGCCAAGGUCAUGAUGAGGUUAGUGAUAAGUCGGUACCUCUGAGGGAGAUCAGAAAAGGCCCGUUAACAUGGUCAGGGCAAAGGGAUUCCCGAUUUAGUACAAUAAGUUGCUGUACAGAUGCAAGUGAGGGAGAGUUAAUCUUCAGUGAGACAGAGGGAGAAGAAUUACCCUAUGAGGACACAACUGAUGAUGAUCUAACUCUAGAGGAGGAAGCCAUAAAAGUCCUGGCUGAGAAACACGAAGCUGGUGGGACUCCCAAACCUGCUGCAGUAAGUUUUACUAAAGACAUUUCAAGACAACAAACCCAAACUUCUUCUAGCACUGUUACAUCAGUGUCAAAAAUCAGCCAUGUGUACACAACACAGAGUGCAGAUAAGGUUGGGAAGGAAAUGCGCAAGGCUGGUGAUGAUGAGGUUGAUGCUUAUCUGCGAGAAGUUACCUUAUUGGCAGAUAAGAUCACAGAACUCAAGAAUACAGCAGGCACAGUGCCAUCUUACCAAGAAGCAAAAGACAAGUCUGAGGCACUUGAGCAGGAGGUAGCGUUGCUGGAACCUGAUGUAGCUACAGUCAUAUCCCGUGGUGACACUCUCACCCUUACAACUCACAUGGUGGAUGUGCCAAGAGCCAACACCAUUCGCACUGCUGUCCACGACUUACGUACACACUGGUCUUCCCUUAAGGGUGAAACAGAGGUAUGAAGACAUUAUAAUUUCUCUU